ACCCAGUCUUUAAGAAUAUUCCUCCGUGAUUGGUUGUGAUUGUUUUUGCUCGUUCGAUGUGCCAAACACUCCGUCGGCGCCUCUUGCCGUAAGCAGUUGUGGAGAGCAGAUUCCUCGCGAGAGUAAAUUGUUUGGAUUCACAUCGUCCGACAAAGACGGUGAGGCGGAAGUUUAUAGCGAGAGAAUUGCGCCAAAUAAUACUCUCUGUUUUCAGUUGGCAUGCGCCAAAACAGUUUUGUUCGGGUCUGAUGCAAGCUGAGAGUGAUUCAGAAAACACGGAGGAAACAUUCUCCAAACGACAGUGAAUCGAUUAGGGUAGAAAACUGUUUGAUGAAGUUACACCGGACAUUCUGGAAAAGUGAGAGCGUGAAGUUAUAAGUGAUAUAUUUUCGAUAAACACAAGUACAACGUGCUGAACAGCAAAAUGCCCUCGGAACCGAAGGUAUUCAAUCCACAUCCGGAUGUGGCCUCCAAAGCAUACAUCAAUAGUAUGGAACAGUAUCAGGAAUUUUACCGUCAGUCCAUCGAAAAUCCAGGACAGUUUUGGAGCAAUGUAGCGAAACAGUUCCAUUGGGAAACUCCCUAUGACCCAAAGAAUUUCUUUUCGUACAACUUUGACAUAUCGAAGGGACCUAUUCAAGUGAAAUGGAUGGAAGGGGCUUCGACCAACAUUUGCUACAAUUUACUGGAUCGAAAUGUCAGAAAUGGUCUUGGCGAUACGGUGGCGUAUUACUGGGAAGGAAACCACCCGGACGAUUACAGUCGUUUAACCUAUCGCAAGCUGCUGGAGGAAGUAUGUCGGUUCGCCAAUGUGCUGAAGGCCCAUGGUGUGCAGAAGGGCGACCGAGUGUCCAUCUACAUGCCCAUGACGAUGGAGCUACCGGUUGCAAUGCUUGCUUGCGCUCGAAUUGGGGCCGUUCACUCGAUUGUGUUUGCAGGCUUUUCAUCGGACUCUCUGGCUGAGAGGAUGCACGAUUGUCAGGCAAAAGUUUUGAUUACCGCCGAUGGCGCAUGGCGUGGGGAGAAAAUACUGCAUCUGAAGGAUAUUUGCGAUCAAGCGAUGAGUAAAGCCGAAGAAAUGGGCCAUAAGGUGGAGUCUUGUUUUGUGGUGGCUCAUAUUAAUCGGGUGACCCCUGGUAAGGAGGACUGGGAUGGAUCGUUCGAGACCCCAUGGACUGAUGAUCGAGACUUCUGGUGGCAUCAGGAGAUGGAAGACGCCGAGCCGGCAUGUUACCCCGAGUGGAUGGCUGCUGAAGACCCGCUGUUUAUGCUGUACACCAGUGGAUCUACGGGAAAACCAAAGGGUGUGCUUCAUACUACAGCAGGUUAUCUGCUGUACGCAGCGACAACAUUUAAAAUUGUUUUCGACUACAAACCACAUGACGUCUACUGGUGCACUGCAGAUAUUGGCUGGAUCACUGGUCACACCUACGUAUUAUAUGGCCCUCUAGCCAACGGAGCAACCUCAGUUAUGUUCGAAGGGACUCCAUUUUUCCCGGAUACUGAUCGAUAUUGGGAAAUCAUAGAUAAAUUCAAGGUAACACAAUUCUACACGGCUCCGACGGCAAUCAGAUCACUCAUGAAAUAUGGGGAUGCGCCUGUACUGAAGCAUGAUUUGACAUCCUUGAGAGUCCUUGGCAGCGUUGGUGAACCAAUUAACCCCGAAGCAUGGAUGUGGUACUACAAAGUGAUUGGCAAAGAAAAGUGUUCGAUAGUGGAUACCUUCUGGCAAACGGAAACCGGUGGUCAUGUAAUUACACCACUCCCUGGGGCUACUCCCAUGAAACCGGGAUCUGCGUCUUUCCCUUUCUUCGGUGUGAAACCCACUUUGCUCGAUGAAAGCGGCAACGAAAUUAAAGGCGAAGGUGAGGGAUAUCUAGUUUUUUCACAGCCUUGGCCUGGGAUGAUGCGAACACUGUUCAACAACCAUCCACGAUACGAAUCUACUUAUUUCUCUAAGUUCAACGGAUAUUAUUGCACGGGCGAUGGAGCUCGACGAGAUGCCGACGGUUACUACUGGGUCACAGGUCGCGUCGACGAUAUGUUGAACGUCUCCGGUCACCUGAUGUCCACCGCAGAAGUCGAGUCCGUUCUGACCGAACAUCCAAUGGUAUCCGAAGCGGCCGUAGUUUCACGACCACAUCCUGUGAAAGGAGAAUGUUUGUAUUGUUUCAUCACUCCCAACCAGAACGAAGUGUUCGAUAAAACGUUAAUCAAUGAGCUGAAAGUACUGGUAAGAGAGCGAAUCGGUCCGUUCGCACAGCCGGAUGUAAUUCAGCAUGCUCCUGGCCUCCCGAAAACACGAUCUGGUAAAAUUAUGCGACGGGUGCUACGAAAGGUUGCAGUUAAUGAUCGUGAAAUUGGCGAUACAUCGACCCUGGCAGAUGAGGCGAUCAUUGAACAACUUUUUGCUAACCGACCCGAUGCCUAAGAACAUUCCACGGACAAAUGAGCUCAGCCCUAGAUGAAAUGAACCACGCUUUGAUUUGAGAAAAAACAUAGUUACUUUGUCAUGACAAGAAAAAAUUCUGCAAACGUAAUUUGGCGAGCUUAGAGUGUGAUUGGGAAGAAUGGCUUCUAACGGGAACUGCUAGAUCUUGCAUGAGGAUGGUGCUAACGAACGAAAAAAUCGGAAAGGAUUAGGGAGUAUGAUAGUAAAGAGGUCUAAUACUGUUGAUACGAUUAUACACUUUUUAGAAGUAAGUUGCUAUUUUACUACGCAUUACAAAGACAUAAUGUGGGCGGAUGUAUGUACAAAUAAGCCACAUUCCGAAGGAAACAGUGAAUCUAUAACGAGAAACUCGUUGAUGUAGGUGUAGAUGUGCUUUACAGAUUGUAUGUUUUAAUAUUUAUAGUUUUAAUUACUAUUUUAUAAGUGAAAAAUGUGAAAAGGUUAGUUUCAAACGACCCAAUAGCUGAACAUGUAACAUGUUAUGUAAUUGGUAGCAACAAUUUUUUUCAACCAACAGCGGCAACACAAAUCUAAACUAGUAGCGUCUAAGUUAGAAAAAUGUGCACAGAUUUCUGUUAUUACAUACGCUUUUUAUGUUUUAUAAAAUAAAAUAAACACUACAUAUGAUCAAGA